AGACUUCCGUUUAAAUUUUGUUUAUUUUGCGCCAAGAGAAGAUUAGAGUUUUGUAGCCAAAGUAUCAACGAAAAAAUGUGACAUACAUGAUACUCCAUGGUUUGCCAUGCAGAAAACAAGACAGUGUCAAGGUGCUGCAGAAAUAAUGGCAGUUGUUAAUUCGGAUUGAACACAAAACCAUAGCCAAUAUGAAGGAGUGUCUGGAGAAGACUGCAUCGCAACAGCACCAGUUUCUCAACAGAGAUUUGAGGCCUGAACAAAGGGAUUUUGAUACAAAGAUGAACAUUUGAAUUUCUUGUGAAUCGGUGUAAACAGAAUGGAAGCAGACGUAUCAGUGGGAGAUGAUGAGGUUAGUUUUGACCCUCAAGAUCUCCUGGGAGAUCCAGCAAGGCAAGAGAUAUCCCAAACCUCCUUAGAAAUAAUGCAACUCCUCGCCGAAUGUGAAGGUGGACAUGAACUUUUUGGAAAUAUCCACCAAGGAAAUUUCAUUUAUGAUAAUGCUAGUCUGGUUGGAAGUUCUUCAGAGCUGUCGGACAUCUUUCAAGACGACGGCCACAGCAAGUGUUAACUCAGGUCACAGACUGGAUGAUAUUUUAGUUAACAGUAUCGAGUCGUUGAAUAAAUCUCCAACAAAGAGCUCAAAUGUCAAGAUGAUCCAGCCUCACGGAAAAAAACAAGAAAAUCACAAAAAUUAAAUAACGAAACGCCCAAAUCUUCAAAGCCUAAAACCAGGUCCUCAAGGAGAAAGGACAGCAGUAAAAUUGAUUCUGAUGGAAAUUCUAAGAGGAAACCGCGUUUGAAAUUAUCAAAAUCAGCCAAAUCUGAGAUUAAUGAUGAACAACUUUCUGUUGAAGAAGUUAGGAAUGGUUCAAAUUUAUCAGACAGUACAUCAUGUUCACGGUUUGAAAUAAAUUCAAAGUACGAAAUCGGAACUGAUGGAACUUACACCUGUACGGUGUGUGGAAAAAAAUUCUCCACCGUAAGGUUUCUUCAGAUUCACUCUACUGUUCAUCGACAGAAGGUUAAAUUGGUGAGAAGUUCAUCAAGUACCCCGAGUAAAAAAGAUUCUGAUUUACAGCGAAGUAAAAAGAGUAGCAGCCCCUCAACCAUGAAAAAUACUUCACGGAAUGGGAAAGAUGCACAUAAAGUUUAAUGUAUUCUUGUGUUACAAAAAAAACCUGACAUUAUUUCUGAUGUUAAUAGAGUACAAAAGUCAGCAGAGUGUGACCGGCACAUGACGGAUCGGAGAAGACUCGGUAAAUGUACUGUAAUUUCUCAGGAAGGCGAUCUUAGUAACCGAAGGAAAGAAAGUGCUUCAGAUACUGGAAGCUUUCAUCAUUCUGAUAUCAGCGAUUUAACUGAUUUUAUCGACAAAAGAGAAGGGAAUGCAACAUGUUCUGAGACGUUAAAAUCAUUAUCUAAACAUGGAGCAAAAGAGUAUAUCUCAUUGAGUGCUAAGAAGUCAAAAGCCAGCAGGAAAAAUAAAACUGCUGACAAGUUAAACAGCUGUGGUGAUACAGAAGUUAUUGCAAAUUCAGCGACAGAGAAGCCACCACACAGAAAUGUAUCAAAAACUCAGAAAAAAUCUGUGAUAUUGACAGGACAGAGGUCUGUUUCAGAGCUUAAAGGCAAAAGGAAAAGAAAAGCUUCAGGUAAAUAUGACGGAGAAAAACGUCCAUUGAAAAGGGUUCGCUUGUUGGAUAGAUUUUGGGAUGACGACGAACAAAGUUCAAACUCUGGUUCAGUGUAUUUCAGUACCGUUGACUUAAAUCCUAAUACAAACGGAGGAUUAUUGCAAAGUUUUGAUAUUGAUCAUUCCAAGAAAAGUUGGAGAAGUGGACAAACGAAAGUACGCAUUAAACAAGGACAGUUUAUUAGGACAAAAACGAUGGAAGUGUAUAAAUCAUUAGAACAGAAGGCUUGUGAAUCCAAACAAAUUGUUACAGGGAAAAAGGACAGAAAUUUCGCCAGCACUGACAAUAGCAGCAAUGUUUGUGUUAGGUCAAAUUCCAAAACAAAUUCCCAAAAAGAAUUUGGGCAACAUGGUUCCAACAAUACCCAAAUAUUACAAAAUACACAUCCAAAUUUUUCAAAACAUUCAGAUUAUGAUUUAACUUCAAAUGUGAAACCUAGUCAGACCCUUUGUCCGACAGAUCAAAAAUGUCAACCUGAAAAACUGUCAAAUAAUGAUGAAACAUUUAAUAGGAUAAAGAAAGGAGCUGAAAGUGACAAAAGUUUUCAUCAAAAUCUGGAAGGAAAAUGUCAAAUGCAUGCAGAAGUUACCCCCAAGCUAAGUAAAGAGACAAUUCAGAAAACAAAUAUGAGGGGAGAUAACUCUAUUGGGGAAAAUCAUAUUGGGUCUUCAUCUGUUCAAAAUAACAUUCCUCAAACUUUAAUAUCUAAAUGUGACAACUGUAAAGAUUCAGAUUCAGAAGAUGGGAAGGAGGCAGAGACAAUAUUUUCUAAAAAUGGGGGAACGAGAGGACAGACAUUCUGUAAUGAUGAAGGUCUUAGGAGAAAGUCCUCAAACUAUGGAGUGAAUGAAAGUGGCACAAACAGACACUCAUCUUGUGAGCCAAUUAUUUAUGAAAGUGAAGGAUAUUACGAUUAUGGUGGGGAUAACGAGAGUGAUUUAAGUAACAGUGAUACGUCGGAUGAUGACAGCCAACCACUGGUUUUGUACCAACAGUCGUGUAGAACUCUACCACUUUGUGCUCUGUUGAAUUUGGCAAGAUGUCAAAAGUUGGAACAUGACUUGUCAAAGAAAAAAGACUCGGAGAGAGAAAAUAAUCUCAAAACCUCAGGUUCCCCUGUGUCGGCGAAAGGUACACAGUUAUCUGAUGUUCAGGUAGAUCUACAUUGUGAUGAAAAUAUUGCAUCAGAAAAAAUUGAGGAAUUUGCUCUGUUACCUCAGGAUGUUGAUGAAUCUCCGUCAAAGACACGAUUGAUGUCUGGUAAGGAUAUGGAUGUCAGUUCUGAGGAAAUACCUGAACAUCAUUUCAAUACAAAUUUACUGGAUAGAAACGCAGUUGGGAUUGAAAAUGUGACUAAAUAUGUGCAGGUGGACCGGCAAGAAUCUGUAAGUGGUUCGGAUUCACCUUUUUUACCUGCUGAACUACCAAAGUUUAAAUGUGGUUCAGAUUCCAAUUCUUUGUCAUCUGCACCAGCAAAGUCUGUAAGUGGUUCACACUCCGUCUCUUUACCGCCUGAACCAGCAAAGUCUGUAAGUGGUUCACACUCCGUCUCUUUACCGCCUGAACCAGCAAAGUCUGUAAGUGGUUCACACUCCGUCUCUUUACCGCCUGAACCAGCAAAGUCUGUAAGUGGUUCACACUCCGUCUCUUUACCACCUAAACCAGCAAAGUCUGUAAGUGGUUCACACUCCGUCUCUUUACCGCCUGAACCAGCAAAGUCUGUAAGUGGUUCAGACUUCGCCUCUUUACCAACUGAACCAGCAUAUUCUAUAAGUGUUUUAGAGCCGGCUCCUGCUGAGCCUCUAAAAUCAGAGAAGUCAUCCAGAUUGUGGAAUUCUGUUCAUGAGGAAAAAGCUGUGUUAAUGUCCACUGACAGGGUAAAGUCAGAUUUACCAUUUGAGAAACUAGAACGAACUCUGUGUGAUGUUGAACAACAGGGAAAUAGCAUUAAAGACCAGUUAAAAUCAAAUUCCGUUUGUGACCCGUUAACACAAGAGUCGGACACAAAUCGGAGUAACUGGUUACCAAUAACGGAAAGGCCACUAUAUAAUGGGUCGUCCAGUUCUGUUAUUAAACGUCAUGAAGAAGACAGGGUGUCAAAAUUGAUUGUCGACAGUGAUUUUCAGAAAAGUCCGAAACUCUCUAAAGUGACUGAAGAUAUAUGUUCGCUGAAAAGCAUCGCCGACGACAAUUGUAUAGAAAUCUCCAGGUCUGUUAUACAGCAAUGCUCUAUAUCAGUUAAUAGUGAUCAUGAGGCGUCUGUUAAGCCUGCUGUACAGGAAAUGUCUGGAGAGGAUGAGGGCCACAGAAUGUUGGAAAAGAAUAAACCUCACCUGACUGUUGAGUCUGAUGAUGUUUUAAAUGAUAUGGUAGAUAAGUGUUUUGAUAAUAAUUCAGUAGAUGAUGUGACAAGUGACGAUUCGCAAAUUCGGAAUUCAGUAAUGUCAACUUACACAGAUAAGGAAAAUAGUGUCUCCAUGUCAACCGAGUUGAAAUUGGGUUUUAGGCAUAUUGAAGUACCGCAGAGAUUACCGAAAAAUCUCAUGUCGACUUGUAACGUUGUUGGAUCAUUUGCAGAUGAUAUGGUAACUGGAAUCACCAUUAUUAUCGAUACAGAGACACACUCAUCCAAUUCUUCCUCUGUCUUUUCUAAAUACCAUGACUACUGUGCUAGGCAGAUUUCAUACCAGAAUUUUCUUGAGUGGAAACUACAAGAAAGUGUACACAAGGAGUGUUCUCUAGACAAUGAUAUGUGUGCUAGGUCGCUUGCUUACCAAGAUUUUCAAAGGACAAAAUGUCAAGAUUUGUUAUCAUCUGAAAAAUAUUUGGGAGAAAUGGAUCUGACAACAAAUUUCCAGGACACAGAUUCACAAAACUCAGAAAUGAAGAUGGCUCCCAUGGAUGAUAACGUGGAUAAGGGGGUAAUUACACAAACAGACAAAAUGGUUGAUUUGAACAGGGAACAGCUGGCUGUGAGACAAGCAGACGACACUUUCGCAGUCACAAGAAACUUUGAACAGUCAAAUGUGAGAAAAGCAGACGACACAGUCACAAAAAUUUGGGAGCCUGGUAUGAGAGAGGCAGACAAUACAAUUGGAAAAAAAGAUACAGAAAUGAAUGUAAGAACAGUGUUAAAUGAUGAGGCAAAGGAUGAUGUUUCUGUUGAAAAUUGUGAUAGCAAUGACAGCCAAAAUUCACAUGCUUCUGAUCAAAAGGAUUUGAACGAUAUCAGAAAAAAUCCAAGUUUCUGUGUUACCAACUUGGUUCCUACAGAUUUAUAUCAGACUGAACAUAUAUUGAUGUCGGAAUCCAGUUCUAACAUAGAAGUACAAUCUAAAAAACAACAAACAGUCCUACCGGACAAUGAAAUGAACUCUGUUGAUAUGAGUAGUGUGGCAGUAUUGACAGUCGAAGGUGAAUCAUCUGAAGAUGAAAAUGAUUUCUCCAUAAAUAUUGAACAAGUGGACACUUGUGCUCGAGUUCUGCCUUUUGAAACAAAUAUCAUGCACAAAUUCUCCAACAAGACAAAAUUGUUGUUUCAGGAAUAUCACAAUCGUCAACAAACUUCUCAGGACAUUUCUUCUGAUGAUACCGACGAAAAAUAUCCCGAACACAAUUUGACUAUAGAUAACCAUACUCAGACUGUGUCAAGCAUGGAGGAAAAUGAAUGUUCUAUGUAUGAAAUGCAUAUGUUAGGCGAACUCGAAAUUCCAACGAAAAUCAAAAUAUUCUCAAGAUUAAUACAAGUAGAGAUGGAGCACGAUCAAGCUUCAGUGAAAUAACCAGUGAAGAAGGAACCUGGUCAACAGAAAGCUUGAAAAGUACGCGAACUCUUACAAGUGUAAACUCCAGAGGCUUUGAUGUUAGUGUUUCAAUGGCUUCAAAUCUUUCAGAAUCCAAGUCAAAAUCAGACUCUCUGCCCUUCAAAUCUAGCAUGAAUGUAUUUAACUUAGGAGACAUAAGUAAUUCUGUACUGAACCAACAAAAUAUUCCGUUGUCUGAACAGGAAAAGCAAUAUCUUAAAUCUCCGAAAAAACUAUGGUACAGAAAUUACCUGGGUGGAAUGUCUACCAUGGAGGAAACAAGGGGAGAUAAUUCAAAAACUUUAGAAGUUUCAAGUGAUCUGAAAUCUUUUAUAUUUCCUGAGGUGUGUGACUCUGAAAAAAAUGACAACACUGAAGUUGAGCUGAGCACAGCAUUGGACUCUAAUAUGGCUGUUUUUGGUAAGGAAAAUGCCCCUAAAAAAAACUUAAUUGCAGAUUCCGAGGAAUGUUCGCAGCCAGACGAAUUCAGUAGACAAUCUUGUGAUGUUGUGGUGCGAAACAGCGAAGAGAGUCAGACUAGUACUGUCAACACAUUGAGUGAUGCAGAUCAUUUAAGUGAUGUGUCCGUCAGAGUUGAUGUAUGUUCCAGAAUGAGACAGUUCAGGAAGCGUAGAAGUUGUGCUCGCGCCUGUCGUGACGGAUACUUACCAGGCUGUGCACGUAGUAGGGUAUUUGUACGAAAAACAAGUAACAAAUAGUCAAAGUAUAUACUGUUCAAAUCCAGGGUAAAAGUGAAAGUGUUCAAUUAAAGAUUUUUUCAGUGAAGGUGCUAUACAUUAAUGCUGACAAAAGAUAAAUUAUGAUGAAUUGAAAUCAAGAAUAGAAUGCUGUAUUGUAAAUCACUAAAUUUCGCAAACUUACAUCUUCAGACAUAUUCGCGAAUACAUAAUUUCGCGAACACCAAUCUAGAAAUGACUUCUGGAAUAACAUGAACUAUUUGAGACAUGGUCUCUGCAAAACUCCUAUGUAACAGACAGCCUUGCCGCCAUCAAAAGUUGUUAUUUUCAUAUAAACGAUUGCAACGAAUUUGAAUUCACGAUUGACUGUCAUUGUGUUUUAACAGAAAAAUAAAUCCCAGGCAAAAAAUAAGUGAUUUACAGUAUAAUUUUGUACAAUACCAACUGUUAUAUACUUAACACUAUAACCACUUUCCAGUAUUUUAAGCAUACCUUAAAGGGGCAUUUCUUCAUUUGGACAUCAGAAACAUGCACAAUUUUUAUUGAUGAAUUCUAUGUCUGAACGAUGAUUAUAUGAGUGUUUGUGCCUAUACAUGUAAUGAAAUAAACACAGAAAUGUGAAGGAAAAAAGGCGUAUAGUAUACAAAGACUGUAUGUCUUUGUGGUAAUUGAUGAUACUUCAGGUUGAAUUAAGAGUUUUUAGGACUUAAUAUUCUAAGGACUUUGGUUUAUCUUGAGAGUAAAACUGCCGUAUUAAUGCAAAAAUUAUAACUUUUACUAUUUGGGAAAAAAACCCAAUAUUCCAGUAAGUUUGAUUUUGAUGACCUAAACUUUUCACAAACAAAGGAAUGUCCCUUUGAGUUUAGAAUUAAGACUGUUAAUUGCAUCAGAACUUGGCCUCUGUUUAUUUGAUUGUGUAACUUUUGGUCUGAUUUUUAAUUGCAUCAGAACUUGGCCUCUGUUUAUUUGAUUGUGUAACUUUUGGUCUGAUUUUAAAGGGAUCAUAUUUAGGAUGCUGUUAUUAACUUUUUCAUUUGCUGGUAACAAUUAAAUAUACUUCUACACCAUGGGUGUCACUUUAACCAUGAGUGUCAUUUUAAUGUGUUUUUGUGAGUGUAUACUAUACACUGUUGGUGAUGUCACAUCUUUAAACAGACUUGAGAGAUAUACAUGUAUGCAAGACAUGUACUUGAAGCAUUAUUGCCUUGUUUGUCAGUUUUCAGACUACAAACAUUUUUUAAUCAGUAUUACGAUAGCUGAAAAGCUGUUAUAACUAGUCUGUAUACCAUGUCAUACAGCCAUGUUAUACAGCCUUGUCAGAAAUUUUGUAAGACAAGUACAUGUAUAUGUGGAAUAUCACUAUUGUAACGUCAUAAAUAAUUUAUGACAUCACAAUAGCUGUAUGAUGUCACAUAAUUGUCUCUGCUGCAAAAGACAUACAGCCUGAGUUGGUUUGCCUAACUUUCUUAUAUAGGAAUUAAGUUGAGAGUUUUCUCUUUUAUUCUCAUAGAUAUGAGUUAUGUGAUAAACAAAUUUAAGGAGGCAGGUUUUUAGGUCACCUGAUCUGAGGACCAGGAUGACCUAUAGCUAUCGUGCACCAUGUGACAUCCGUAAACUUUUCACAUUUCAAACUUCUCAAGUUCCAACAGGGGGAUUCACCUUACCCGAAAUGAUCCUGAGAUUGUCCUGACCAGGUGCUGUCAUUUUGGGUCGGUCCAAAAUCCAAUGGUGGCCAACUUGAAAAAACACAUUUUAACUUCUUCUCCAGUUUCACUAGUGCCAUUGAGCUGAAAUUUGUAGGGAUGUUAAGGAAGGCGAGCCAACAAAGUAUCGUUAUUUUUUGACCUCGUAAAAUGACAUUGCAGCCAUGGCAACCAUUUUCAAAGUUAUCAGAUAAACAGUAUUUAAACAUGAGAUGGAAUAGCAUUAUCACACAUUAUACAUGUAGUUAUAAGGCUUCUUACUUUUUGACAAAAUACCCGAUGGACCAUUUUCCGAGGCUCACAGAUUCCAGAAUACCUAAUGGAUUGGUCAGGAAGAAUUAACGUUGAAUUUGAAUGCUUGGAUUAUCACUGUAAGGUCAUUUAAGGCAGGGCCUCCUUGUAGUAGUUGGUGGCUACCCCACUGAACAACAUUAUGAGAGGCCUGACCCAUGCUAUUGGUCACUUCAGUACAGAGCAAUUAGUAAUCUCAGCUUCCAUGAGAAACACAAAUAAACCAAGGCUUAUAUAUAAGGACAGCCAUGAUCUCGGAUUCCAUGACAAAUACAAACCAGCCAAUGUAUAAGGUGUCAUAAGGUCAUUCACCCAUCCAAUCUGUGUUUCUGUUCUCAAGGUUUGUUGGGUUUUUCAUUCACUCAUAGAUAGUGAUAGGAUGUUGUGCUUUUACAUAAAAAAGUCAAGCAUCAAUCAAACAUGAGAAGUUGUCUGAAUGGAUAUUACCAUUAUUUCUAUAACUCUCAUAUUUCAGCGGUAAUCUUACUUUAGUGAUUUUCGCGCGGAAUAAUUUUGCUAUAUUUUGUUUGCAUUAAUUAUUAAUUGGAAGUUCACUACAGUGGUUUCUAUGGCAAUCAUUGUCGGUGUGAUAAUUUAUCAUUCGGCUGAUUUGUUUAAGUUCGGUUUUGCAUGAAAAUUUGAGCACAUCAAAAUUAGUACAUUUACAGUAUGUAUUAAAUAUUUUCUCUAAAUGUUUUAAAAUUUUUUUCUUAAUUUUGUGGGUUUUCCAUUGGUAUCGAAUGACAGAUACUGAGAAAAUGACAGAGGACAGUAUGGUCAUUCUAUAAUAUUAAAAAAACAUUAUACCUCUGUCUAAAUUUAAAUGGAAAAUUUGAACUACCAAAAUGAACCUGUUUACAGUGACUGGAUUGUGGCACAGGGACUUGGCACAAUUCAAAACCCAGAGCCUAUAUGCCAUACAUUAUAUGUAUCAUACAAUAUAUAUAUAUAUAUGGACCAUGAAACAGGACAUGGAAAUUCACACAAAGUCCCUGUGAGAAACACAGGUUGUGCUUUGUAGCCGACAUUGGUUUUGACAAGACUUUCAUUUUACUUGGGGUUGUCCCCCUUUAAAUACAUGUUAAAGUCUAAACUUUAAUAGCUGAUUAGUUUUUGAUGUUUGGUACACUUGCAUUUUUUUCAUCAUAUUUCCCUGGGAGUUAUGUGCUCUUUAAGCAUUAUUUAUUUUUAUUUUUUUUUUUUGGGGGGGGGGGGGGGGGGGGGGGGUACUGGUAUUUGCGUGGUCAAAUACAGUUCUCAUGAAAAGCUUAAUAAACUGUUUAAAAGAAAAAAACUUUAUCUUAUGAUAUGAUUUUUUAAAAAUUACAUAUGUGUUUCUUAAUUUAAUUGGCAGAAAUACAAUACCACUAAAUAUCCAUGUAUUUGAACACAUGAAGUUAAUAUUCAAUGGUCCAGUGUAUGUAGGCUAUGAGAAACGGAACCCUGGUGUUACUUACAGAUGACAUUACACUAUGUGUAUCAAUGUAUUUAUUAUUUAUUUUGUGAUAUGUGUUUGAUACUAUGAUAAUGAUGUUGAGUUGGCAAGAAAUUAAAACAUUUUCUUA